UUGCAGUCAAAAACAGGUUAGUUCUAGAUCAAUUUCGGGGAUUUAGAGUAUUUUGUGAAAUUAAAACUAACGGCAAACUUGUGCGAAAAGAAGGUAAUCAAAACUUUCAUCUUGUUAUUUACCAUAGUUUAUUUGUAUUGUUGAAUUGAAUGGAUACAUUCAUUCAAUUUAUUGGUAAAUAAAACAUCGCGAUUUAUAUAUUUCUUGUUCUCAGUUAUUAUAUUUGAAUAUCAAUCAGGCAAACAUUGCAAAAAACAUAACUUUUGAUAUUUAUAAGCGAUUGGGAUGGGAUAGGAUAUCUAAUUUGAGAGUCAGAGAAGUAGAAUUGUGACAUAGACGUAGAGAGGGAAUUUGAAAGAACGAUAAACAACUGCGCGAACGAAUGCCAGUCAGAAGCUCUUUUGGUCAUCAUCUCACUAAUACUCUCUCAUUUUCUCCCACUAUCUCCUCUUCUCUUCUUUGGUUUUCCAUGUAUGUGUACACACUUCUUGCCUAGCCUUCUUUUGUGUCAGAGACGCAGCACAUACAGUUUUUCGUUUUUUUUCGUUCGCAGUCGUCGCACACCUGCGUCUCCUUUCGGUUCAAACUGUCUUUUAUUUUUCGUUGUAUCAUGAUGUCUGUUUUUGGUGAUUCUUCUAUUUUUCUAUUUGUUCAAAAGAACUGAACUGUGCCUUUUGUAUGGAGCUCGAUAAAUUUUAGAUUGCGCUCUUCGUCUAUGUGUAUAGUUGUUUUUCAGAAUUGAUUAUCGAUUUUUACAGAAAAAAAUCUUGAUUUUUAAUAAUCGUUCAUAAUUUAUGCGUUGUUCUUCAGCAUGAUUUAUAUUUUAGUUAAUUCCGUGUUACACAAUAAAACCAUCUAUCCGAUUUUAAUAGUAUCUACGUCACACAUAAAAUGAAUGACAUUCCAAUCUAUAGCCAGUCAAAAAAAGAAGAAGGAGAAGUAAUCGUAUGAAAAUAUAAUUCAUAUAGAAAACUUGUAUAAUACGAUCACAACAUAGAAUAUCUAUCUAUGUCUGUAUGUUUUCUUAUUCCUUCCUCUUUUAUACUUUUUUUGUCAGUUGAAAGUAGAACAUUCUUCUUUUUUCGUUCCAAGUCUGAACACAUCAAUGAAUCAAUAAUUUAUAUAAUUUUUGUUGAGAAAAUGUAUUAAUUUUUAAAUAGUAGUUUUUAAAAUGCUGUGGUUUUUCAUUCAUAUUCGGAUUGUGAAAAUAAUGCGGAAACUAUGCUUUUCGAGAAAUUCAUGAAUUUUAGAUGUAUUAUAAAUCAUUUCAAAACCGAUCCCAAAAAACCGUGGUUAUUUGUCACGAUUUCCUUAUUAAAGAAUCAUAGUGAUAAAUCAUUUUGUUCUGAUCAUUAUCUUUUUUCUUCUUCGUCCGUAUUAUCUUAUUUGUUCUAGUUUUGAUUUGUUCGAAUAAUAAUUUUUUGAUUGUGAUCCUUUUUUUUCCUUUCCUCCUUCAACGGCAUUAGUUUCUCUUUCCUUCUCGUUUUUUUCUGAAUACUUUCCGGUUUUUCGCUUGUCUAUUCUUCUCUCUUCGGUUUUUCACUGCGUAUGUUGUGUUAUCAAUCGAUGUUUACACAACGAAAAUUAUUUGGUGUUUCAAAAAUUAUUUUACCCAAUUGCUUUAGGUUAAAGCUAUGAGAGCACAAAGCGUUUCGCAAUUUUUCUCAAUUUGUAUCAAGAAAAUUAUUGGUUAUGGGGCUAUUCAUGUUAUUUUUCAACGCUGAGAAAAUACGAAAAAAACGGAGAAAAUGUAUUUCCUUCGCAUUUCUCCUGUUUUCUCAACAUGCUGAGAAAAUACAUGAAUAGCCCCAUUACUAAUCUAAGUGCAAGUUGAAAAAAUCGCGUCGAUUUUCUGUUUUUUUUUCUUGAUGAAAGUGAAGUCUGUAAAUUGCGUGACCAUUCUCAACUCACUACAAACGGGCAUUAAUGUAAGUCCAUUAGAAAUACACAAUGUCACCAAAUUAAUUUAUAAAGGUUAGGGUUUGAACUCUGAGAGAAGUACACACUUUUAAGUGUGAGAUAGAGAAGUUGAGUUUUAACUUUUUGUGAAUUCUCAGAAAAAAGCGGUGAGAUCUCGAUUUAGAAUUUUUGGAAUUUUCCAGGUGCACGUUCAUCACAAGAUCUUUUGAAAAAACUCAAACCCUUUAAUUUUUUAAUACUAAACUCAAAAUGUUUUCAUAAUUAUUCAUUUUCGUAGUUUCACAGUUGUAGUUUUUGAGACAAAAAUUGUUCGAGAAGUCUGUAACUCAUUUCUCAUUAUUUUCUCCAAAAUAAUUUUUUUUUUCAAAUUCUGACCGAUUUGUUCUAUUUGCAAUGAACGAGGCAAAAAGUCAGGCGUGAUUUUUGCCGAAGUUUUUUUUGUCUUUUCAUUUCAUUCCACAUUUUUUCUCUCCACUCUCCGUUUUCUCUUUGCUCAAAACUGAGAGCUCGUGGUUUAGCUCCUCUCAUAUGUGUGUAUGUUCUUGUGUGCUUGCUUUCUUCUGUGUGUGUUUUUUUUUCCUGUCCCAGUCAAAUUCCUACUGAUUUCACCUCUCCAUAAACAUUUCAUAAUUGUUUGGUAGAAUUAUGCCAAUUUCAUUAAUUGAGUUCUUAUUUGGACUUUUUUGCCUGAAAAAGGACAAGAAGUUCAAUUUUUCUCCCAUUUUUUCUAGAAACAUUUUGGUGUCCAAGUACUUUUCAAACUAUGUUUCGAACUUUUCAUCUCUGUCAAUUCAUACCGUUGACUGAUAUAAUAUUCCUAUGAAUUUUAUAUUUUUCUUCGACAGAAAAUGUUUUUUGACUCGUUUCUCAAGUUUUUCUUCUUUUUUUUUUCUAUUUUCCAAAUUCUAUUUUCAGACACUUUGCUUCUUUCUUAUCAUCUCCUUUUUGGUUGAUGAAAAAGAUAAUCAAUAAGCAAAUGUUUUUUUUCGAAAUAAAAUAAAGAUAAGCCUUGAGGAAUGAAAUCUUCAGAGAAGUUGAUGUGCUUCUAAAGAUGAUAAAUUGAGAUGGUGUUUCAGAUAAAUCUAGUUUAUUAUUAGAAAUAAGAUGUAAUAUACUUUGAGAUAGAAAAUAUCGAUUUCAAAGAUAUUUUUGGAUGAUUCUAAGCUUUGAUACUGUGGUGUUAGUCGUUGAUUGAAAUUUUAUCAGUCUAGAUAGAUGAAAAAGUUUCUCGAAAUAUUCUUUUUAUACUAGCCGCAAAGCUUGGUGAAAAAUUUUUUAGUGUUCAAAAAAUGUAGAAGAAGCUAGAAACACAACUGAAACAGUUACUGUAGUAUUUGAUAAAUAACUUUGAAUAUGAUUUUUUUAAACUGUAAAUCUGAUUGCUUAGCGUUGAGAAAUACCUUUUAACGUUCCUAAAAUUAACCUUGAAACAUCCUGAUUUUUUGAAAUUUCCAAACUUUGUCACGUCAUAACUCAUAUCAGAAGGUGAGUUUUGCAAUUCUCGACGUCGGAAUCAAAAAGAGUAGGUCAAAAACUACUAGAAAACAUUUAUUUUAUUUUUAAAAAAUUCGAUUGAAUUUGGAAACAGUUCACUUUUUAUUUAUUCAUUUUCGUUUCUUUCUUCGAAAAUAUUUAUUGUUCCUUCUCAAAAAUUCCGUACAAAAAUAAAUGAAGAAACAUUUUAUUACUUAUUAAUAAUCGAAUAGCAAUAAAAGUAAUUGAUUUGGUAGCCGAACAUUUGAGGAAAAUUGAUGCUUGUUCUCCUUUCUUCGUUUUUUCCUUGUUCAUUCUCUUUCCGUUUUCUUCUACCACUGCUAAAUACUUGGUCGUCUUCUUUUUUCUUCUUCUUCUUCUUCUUCAUAGUCACUUUUUUCUCUACAUUCUCUCUCAUUUCGCCCAAAUUUUUUGUACUAUUAAAUAACCCCAAACAUAUUUUGAAACAUUUUUUGCAGGUAUUUAUUCAGUAAAUUUUAAUAUGGAAGAAGAUGUGAGAAGUAACGGUUGUGGAGAAUAUACAAUUCGUUUGAAACGUGAAUUAUGCGGUGAGUAUUUUUUGGGAGGAAAUUUGGGAAGAAAAUAUUUUCAAAAAAUUCGGAAAAUUUACACCAAAACCUUUCGAAAACCAAAAACCGUCCUCAAAUUUUGUUUUUUUUUUCCAAAAAAAAAAAAUCAGGAAAAUUUCAGCCAAAUCCGGUCUAGUUUGAAACAUAAUCCCAUUAGAUGGGAAACCAAUGUUUAUUACAUCAUUUUUCUCCCUAAACACUCUCAAAAUGAAAAAUCCUUAAGACACUAAAAAUCCGAUAAACCCUGUCUUUUUUCUUGUUCCUUUUAUUUUUUUUUCAUAAUAUUUUUCUUAUCAAUCCACCAUCGCAUUUUCAUUUUCAUUAUUAUUUUUAUUCCAUUAUUUUGAAUCGCAAAAAAAAAAGAAAAUUGAUUGACAUGCAAAAAGAGAUAGAAUAAGAUCAGAUUAUGGUAUUUUCGAGAAAAUGAGUUCUCACAACUAAUAAUUCUUUGGUUCGGAACAAGGUACUUAAAAAAAAUAAAAUAAAAUAACAUUCUCAAGGCCAUUUUUCUAUUUUUUUUCAUCACCUUUGAUGAAAAUGAUGAUGAUGUAUCGAAAUGUGAGAAGAAACUACAAAUGCUAGGCAAAUUUUUCAAACAAAAAGGAUUUUUGAGUCAAAGUUUUAUCAUAAAGUUGAAAAUCUGUGAUUUUCUGAACAAUAAAUAAACAUUUUCAGAUAUUUUCGGUCCAUUUGAUGAAUUUUACAAGAAAGUCAACAGUGGCAGCUUGAAGCAUGGACUUGUUAGAGUAAGAAUUAAGGCGUAGCCUUUCAGUUCCAAUAAUUCCCAAAAACAAAUUUGUUUCAGUCAAAACUUCGUGGAAAAGCAAGUCCUCUUACAACAUUCUCAAAUGCUUCACCAAGUCAAUUACCAGUUCAAACAUUGUUAAAUGUAAGUUUCAAACAAAUCACGAAUGAUUUUUGAAAAUUGGAUAUUUUUUGAAGAGUAUGAAAAACUUGGCUGAAGAAGAACCGAUUAGCAAUUUGACAUCAUUGCCAUAUUCGUCGAAAAAAGAUAAGGUUUGUACUUAAAUAACUUUUCUAAAGUAUAAAUAUAAUGUAUUUUGUUGUCAGAUUUAUCAACAUUCGUGUACUCCUUCUUCUUCGUCAUCCGUCAUAAAUGAUUACGGAAAUGAUCGUGAUGAUUAUAAAAAAAGGAAAAGGAAAGAGCGAAGUGAUGAAAACGGGGAUAAUAAUGGAACAGGAAUCAAUGGAAAUAGUAAUAUUGAACAAAAUAACAGUUAUGAGAGGUUGGUUGAAGUUUUGAAUGAAAAAAAGAGAACAAUUAGGAUUCAGAUAAAAAUAAGAUUAUUUUGAACAUUUCAAUUCAAAAAAUCUCAACAACUUUUGUAUUUUCUAAUUUUUAAAAACUUAUUUUAAAAAAUUGCCGAAUAGAAUUUACAUGAGUUAUGACGUGGAAAAAAUCUGAAACUUAAAAAAUCGCCACUGCGUUCUAAAUAAUCAACGUCAAAAUCAUUUUGGAGCUCCGAGAAGGGCGGUUUUUAAAGUUUUGGUAAAAAUUGCCACGUCGUAGCUCAUUUUAGGAGUUAAUUUCUAAACUAGCAGGAAACAUUGAAAAUGUUCCCUUGGUUAAAAUUUUUUCAAUUUUUUUACGGCAAAAUAUGAAUUAAAAAUUUUUGGCUCUAAAAUUCCCUCAACAAACAUGAAUAAACCUUAAUUUUACAACCUUAUUUUUAUCAUAUUUUCUAGUGAACGUCGAAAACGGAAUAAAUAUGAAAAUGGCGAAUUGUCUCGAUCUGCAACACCAAAAUCAAUGGAAUAUGAUCGAGGAGGAGGAAAUGAUACGAAACUAUUGAAAGAAUCGCUGAAUCGACAACAACAUAAUUUCAAUAGAAGAAGUUGGUUUUUUUUUGAAAAAUAUUCAUUUACAAAUUAAACAUAUUCAAAUUUUUUGCAGAUAAUGAUAAUUCUACGGCUCGAAACGAGAAAGAUAAUGAAUCUAUGGCAAUUUCUCCUGAUUCUGGAGUUCAUUCAACCGAAAAUUAUAUGGGAGAACAAAGUGUUGAUGAUAUGUUGCAUAUCAUGACAUCCCUUAAUGGAUAUCAACUUUCACCAAUUUCUGAUAGUUUUAUUGCGGAAAUUCAAAGAAAACGAAGGAAAAAUGGGAAAGUUGAGGAAGAAGGAAAUGGAACGGAGAAGAAAAAGAAGAAAAAGUUCAAAGAGUGAGUAUUUUUUCUGUCGUAAAACUAUUUCAAAUUUUGAAUUUUUAAGAGUAUUCGAUGAUGCUGAAAGUUCAUCAUGUUCAGUUUCACCUGCUUCAUCAUCUGCAGCUUCAUCACCAAGAUCUUCCACACCGCCUCCUGUCCUCGUGAAAGAGGAACCUACGCCUGUUAUCAAUGUGUAAGUUUUAUAUUUAAUGGGAUUUUCCUAAUUAUUCACAUUUUAGCGUACCGGCACCAAGUUAUUCAACUCCAAAAUCUGGUGGUUUGAAUGGUGAGAUUCGUCUGAAUGGAUUGAAAUAUGAAAAGAUUCAAAAACUCAUUGGAAUAGCGAAAGCAAAUGGAUGUUUGUUGGAAGAAAAAGAAAAUUCGGAUAAAAUCGAUAAUGAGAAAAGAAAAGAGGAAAAACCGACAAAUCGAAAAGUUCAACAAUUAUCCGCGUCGGAACCAUUAAACUCACUUUCAUUACUUAAACCAACAACAAGUUGUGGAUCAACUCCAGCUGCAAUGAGUAUUGGUGGAACAUCUUCGAGAAAUACACCAAUUGCAUCAAGACCUGGAUCUUCAAUGUCUUCUGUUCCGAAAUCACAAAAUGCGACACCAAAGCAAGAAAGACCUGGAAGUAGUGCGAGUACAACAAAAACAGUUACACCGCCAUCUGGAAGUUCAUCUUCUUCGAUUUCAUCGUGGAAAUGUGCAUGGAGUCAUGCUAGAUUGACAACAGCUCAAAGAGUUCAGAUACCUGAUCCGACAGUUCCGAAUCCGAAGUCAAAAAUGGAUUUUUAUCAUGGAUUGGCGAAGAAAUUCAAAUCAAGUGCUGAUAACAAUGUAUGUUCCAUUGAAAACAUUUGAAAACUUAUUCAUAUUUUUGCAGAAAGAUCGUGUUAGUCGAGUAUUAGAUUAUAUGGUUUCUUCAGUAUAUUUCAUAAUGGAAUCUAUUGCAAGAAACGAUAAAGAAAAUACACAAACAUCAAAAAUGCAAUGUUUAAAUAUGUAUAAAGAGACACAAGAUCUUCUACGUGUUGCUCUUUUUCAAUUUAUUCGAGAUACAGAUGAUUUGAUUGUUAUGCAUUUGAUGCCACGAAUUAAAAUGAUUGGACAAAUAAUGCUUGCCACUAUGCAUUAUCAAAUGUUUCAAUUUCGCGCUGACCAAGUCAAUAAAUAUGCUGUUCGAUUAGAUUCCAAAGAACUUGAUGCGACAGUUCAAAAAGUGCAAGGAGCAACAACUGGUGAUUUAUUGAAAACGAAUGGAACAGCACCGUGGAUGAGUUCGAUGUUGGGACAAAAUACGAGUUUAGUGCAAGUUCCACAAGCGAUUUUUGAUAUGUUCAGACAGCAAACAAAAAAUAUGCAUAUGUUAUUGUUUGCGAAUAAUUAUUGGAAUGAUUGGAAAAUGUUGGAAUUGAAAGUUGACUUGGAAUUUAUCAAAAAGUUGGUUUUUUUUUUAUUUGAUAGGGGACAGAAAAAUUGUUUAAUAUAAAAAAAUGUUAUAAAUCACGGAAUAAAAUAUGUUAUUAGCCAUAUUUUUCAUGAGACUUGAGACCAUAAAAUGUUUUUAACUUCAAACCCCCGUUUUCUAUACCGUGAAUUAUUCCGUAUUUUCAGCUUGGAAACCGUGUGCAAAAAUCAAGUCACUUUGGAAAUGUCAUUCGAAGCUCUUGCUCCGAUUGUUUUGACUGCUGUAUCGAGUUUAUUAGCCGAAUAUAAUGAAGAAAAAUCGUCUGCGACAAAACCGCCAAUUAGCAAAGUAAGUGUUGAAUUAUGGGUUUUUUCAAUUGGAAAAAAAUCAUUAAAAAAAUUUAUUGACAAAAAAUUGUUUCAUCAAUUUUUUUAUAAUCAAAUAUUCUGAAAAUUUCUAAAUUCCAAUUUUCCAGGCUAAACGACAAUUAGAAGCGGCUCUCCAAACUGGUGGUUUUCAUCCUCCUCAAUCUUCUCGCCAACCUCAAAAAACCUCACAACAAAAACCGCCGCCUCAAAAAUCACAAUAA